GUCGCAUUCUCUCACAUGCAUGUCGCAGCUGACUGACCCCUGCUCUUCCGGCGUCUCGUCUCCCCUACUAAUGCAAGCCCAGCCCACUGCUCCGAUUUCAAACACGUACUCGAGCCGCAACGUGCAGCUCUACCACAUUACACGCAGCCACGCACGUACGUAGCCACGCCCAGAUCACAAGCAAGAUGGUGAACUUGAUCGAGGCGCAGAAGCCGCUGCUGACGGGGAUGAUGAGGCUGGCCGGGCUCCGCCCCAUCGACGUCGAGCUGGAGCCGGGCACCACCAUGCACGUCUGGGCUCCCAAGCACCACGCCGGCAAGAAAGGCACCACCAUCAGCCCUCACGACGCCAGCGCCGCCGCCGCCGCCAAUAAGCCGUCAGGCGGCCGUCGUGGGGGCAGGAGGAAGGGCCCCGAGUCCAAGCCCAACGUGGUCCUCAUCCACGGCUUCGCCGCCGAGGGCAACGUGACGUUCCAGUUCAAUUUCGGCGUGCUGGUGUCGCGCUACAACGUGUACAUCCCUGACCUGCUCUUCUUCGGCAAGUCGUCCACGACGGACAGCGCCGACCGGUCCCCGGAGUUCCAGGCGCGCUGCGUGGCGGCGGCGCUGGCGCGGCUCGGCGUGGCGCGCUGCGACGUGGUCGGGUUCAGCUACGGGGGCAUGGUAGCGUUCAAGCUGGCGGAGGCGCGGCCGGAGCUGGUGCGGUCGCUGGCCGUGUCCGGGUCCGUGGUGGCCAUGACGGACGCCGUGAACCGGGAGACCAUGGAGCGGCUCGGCGCCGGGUCCUCCGCGGAGCUGCUCAUGCCGGAGACGCUGCAGGGGCUCAAGGCGCUCUUCUCCGUCUCCAUGUACAGGAAGAUGUGGUUCCCGGACAGGAUGUACAAGGACUACCUCAAGGCGAUGUUCACCAAUAGGAAGGAGAGGCUGGAGCUGCUGCAGGGGUUGCUAGACAGCAACAUGGACGCAAAGACACCAACAUUCCAGCAGAAGAUAAUGUUGAUCUGGGGCGAGGAGGACAAGCUUUUCGACAUCGAGCUGGCCAAGAAGAUGAAAGAGCAGCUGGGCGAGAACUGCUACCUGCAGGGCAUCCCCAAGGCCGGGCACCUGCUCCACCUGGAGCGCCCCUGCGCCUACAACCGCCAGCUCGGGAGGUUCCUCGCCUUCGUCAACUCCCAGGAAAACCAAGCCAAUUAAAUUGAUCACUAUAUAUCUUGUUCGUUCCAGAGGAGGAUAAUCGAUUAAUUAUCGUGCAAGCAAAGCAGGUUCCUCGCAAAAAAGAAAAGCAAAGCAAAGCUGGUAGCCUGUCCUGUCAAUGUUCAUCUGCAACACGUACCGCAUACUACUCUACAUGAUUGCCUUGAGAGGUCAACCCAUGCAGCAGCAUGGAAAGCUAAGCCAUUAAGCACUACUCCUAGCUAGGUUUACAUGGCUACAUUCGGGCGCCCUGCAGAUUAUUUAAUGGAUGCGUUUACUUCCUCCUGUUCC